AUGUGUUCGCAUCGAAGAGAGGAGGUAAGGAUGCAUACAGCAAGGUGCUUAUCUAUUUUCUAUUUGAAAAAUAGAAAAUUGUUCUAUGAAAAGGAUUUAUUGAAGUACCUGAAGAUCCUACUCCAGGACCAGAAAGAAGGCGUCGUGGUUUCUGCACUAAAGGCUCUUGUGGUUAUUGAGUGUAGAGAAAGCGCCAUUAGUAUUCAGGAUGUCCUUAUGAUUGCACAGGGUUUUUGGGAGAGGGGAUGCAACGAUGGACUGCGAAGUGCCCUGAAUAUUUUGAAAUAUAAGGAAGUGAACGAGGCUGCCAAAAGUCUAUUGCUAAAAACAUUAAGGGCAACGACAUAA